AGUCUCCACAAGAAGCACAGUCUCUGGCGCCAUUGGCGUGCGUCGUCUCUAUGGUUCCCGCCGGAAGGAUCCCUUUGCGUCUCUGCGGCGAGCGCGGUUGCUAUGACGCCCAGGUCUCCUUCUGCACCUGCCGCUAACAGCUGGGCGCCUAGGGGCCGAGCGACCCCGGGACCCUCGCGGCACCCUCCGCAGGAAAAUUUCCGACUUGGUUCCUGAGGUUCCUGCCUCAGCCCUAAGGAGGAAAGCACCCAUUCUCCCCUCUUUUCCGCAUUCCGGGCCUUUUCUGCUUCUCCCCAGCAUGGCCCGAAACUACAGGAGGGGAAAUCCUCCUGGCCCGGCCUUUCUAGCCCCUGGCUGCAGUGAUUCCGCCUGAAGGAGAAUUAGCCCGUUUUCCCGGACCCAGCUGCCACAAGCAUUUAGUAUUAGGCUGCCGCCUAUUAUUAGAGCGGGCUUAGAACAUCCUCAGCGAGGUUAGAGUGCCGGAGUGCAGUAGCACGAUCUCCUUUCACUGCAGCCUCAACCUCCUGGGCUCAAGUAAUCCUCCUGUCUUGUCCUCCCAAAAUGCUGGGAUUACAGUCUCAUAAUGAAGACCUGGAAAAAGACAAAACAUCACAAAACUACCUAGGAAAAGGAAUGGAACAAGUAGCAAAGAAGUUAGGGGUGGCCCAUGAAGAGAUUCAAAGACUCACUGAUGAACUACAAGUGAAGGAGAAAGAACAGUGUAAAUUAGAUUCUGCACUUAAGAAGGCUCAACUAGAAAUUGACAAACUGAAGGAAAAUUUGGUAAAGCAGAAAGAAAAUGAUGCAGCUGACCUACAGAAAGCAAAGGAACACAAUCAGAGACUGGAUGAGGAAAUUCUGGCUUUAAGAAAUAGGGUUCGAUCACUUGACUCAGAAAAAAAGGUGCUUGGUGAAAUGGUUGAAAGACUUAAAGGAGAGGUGUGUGAAUCUCAAGAGAAUAAGCAACUUGGAGACCACUCCCCUGGAAAAACUGUGGGUGGUGAACAGAGAGAACAGAUCUUGAAAAUGAGCCAAGAAAAAAAUGAAAUGUUUGAAAGUGAGUGGUCAAAAGAGAGAGAGAGAGAGAAGCAGUUGGCAUCUGGUCUUGACACUGCAGAGAAGGCCUUGAAAGCUGAAAGUGAGAGUCAUGCACUUAUCUCUCGUUUUAACCUCUUGUCCUGCCAUCUUGGAAAGAUCUAUCAGGAGAUACAAUCAGCCUAUAUUUUGAAAAGAGACCUGGAAGAAUUGCAAAAAUCAAAGUCAGAGCUUAUAUGCCUUUAUAAUGAAGUUCACAAUCUCCCAGGGGCAUCAGAAAGCAGAGACCAUUUUUUAAUAGCAUGUGACCUGUUACGAAGAGAGAAUUCUGAAUUAGAAACAAAGGUCUUGAAGCUUUCACAAGAAUUUGCACAAUUAAAUGAUUUUACUCUCAGGGGGAAAACUGCACCUUCUAAUUUAAUUACAAGUGAAAAUAUCUGUAAAGAUCCUGAGUCUAAUGAACCAGUUUUGGAAAUAGAAAUUCAAAGCCCAAAGGAAGAGAGAGAGGAACUCUGUCCCAAAUUAGGAGAAAGAAAGCAGAAGGAAAUUCCAGAGGAGUCAGUAAAGGAGGGCAGUUUUCCAAGAGAGGGACAGAAGGAGGAGGGCUCACAACAGAAUCGAGAUAUGAAAGAUGAAGAAAAAGAACAGCAGUUGACCAUGAAGCCUGAGGAAGUUGUGAGGCUUAGAGAAGAGCUGAGCCGUAUAAAUCAGAGCCUCCUUCAGUCUCAGAGCUCUGGAGAUAGUUCAGAUGACAGUGGUGCCCAGUAUCCAUCAUCUGGAGAUAAACUAAAAUACAACCAGCAAGGGGAAGUACAACAACUUCACCAGAAUUUGCACCGGCUCCAGAUUCUAUGCAACUCAGCUGAAAAUGAGCUUCGAUAUGAACGAGGGAAGAACUUGGACUUAAAGCAACAUAAUAGCUUACUUCAGGAAGAAAACAUUAAGAUAAAGAUUGAGCUAAAGCAUGCCCAACAGAAGUUAUUAGAGAGUACAAAGAUGUGCUCUUCACUCACAGCAGAGUGUAAGCAGUGUCAGCAGAAAAUCAAGGAACUGGAGUUGGAAGUACUUAAACAGACUCAGAGCAUUAAAUCACAGAACAACCUACAGGAAAAGCUGGCUCAGGAGAAAUCUAAAGUUGCUGAUGCAGAGGAAAAGAUUUUGGACCUGCAGCGGAAAUUAGAACAUGCUCAUAAAGUCUGUUUCACAGACACUUGUAUUUCAAAGAAGCAGCAGCUAGAGGAAAAGAUAAAAGAAGCAACAGAAAAUGAAGCUAAAGUAAAGCAACAAUAUCAAGAAGAACAACAGAAGAGGAAACUCCUAUAUCAGAACAUAGAUGAGUUACACAGGCAAGUGAGAACCUUACAAGAUAAAGAAAAUCUACUGGAAAGGACCUGUUCUCAGCAACAAUCCAGAAUUCAGCAACAAGAGGCCCUACUUAAACAACUGGAAAAUGAGAAAAGAAAAUAUGAUGAGGAUGUCAAAAGCAACCAAGAAUUGUCAGAGAAGCUGUCUAAGCUACAGCAAGAGAAGGAAGCUCUACGUGAAGAAUAUUUGCGAUUAUUGAAGCUGCUUAAUGUCCAUGUGAGAAACUAUAAUGAGAAACAUCAGCAACACAAAAUCAAGCUUCAAAAAGUCAAGUAUCGUUUAACGAAUGAAGUAGAACUACGAGAUAAGAGAAUUAACGAAUUUGAAGAUGAAAUUGGAAUCCUGCAACAUAAAAUAGAAAAGGAGAAGGCAAUACAGGACCAGAUCACUGCCCAAAAUGAUACCCUGCUUCUAGAAAAAAGGAAACUUCAGGAGCAAGUCAUAGAGCAAGAACAGUUGAUCCACAGCAACAAAUGGACGAUAUCUUCCAUCCAGAGCAGGGUAGUUUACAUGGAUAAAGAAAAUAAGCAAUUACAGGAAAAUAGUCUUCGUCUCACACAGCAGAUUGGCUUCUUAGAGCGAAUUAUAAGGAGCAUCCAUAUUCGCAGAGGAGAGAAUCUUAAGGAGUUUCCUGUUCCAAAAUGGUGGCAUAGAGGCAAGCUGACUUCUCUCCCCAUAACAAAGAAACAGAAAGAAAUAUACAGCACUGAGGUCUGCACCCGCAACAAUGCAGAACUCCAGCAUGAGGAUGAGUCAGUUCCCAAGGCCACCGAGAAGUGGAAACACUCUGAGCAGAUGGAAACAACAAUUAGUGACAUCCUUGAAUCUGAAGUAGUGAAUGAAAUAUUGCCUUUAUCAAACUCCAGUUUUUCAGGAAAAGGUUUGGUAGAGUCAUUUGUAAGUCUUCAAGAGACUGACGACAUUAAGUCAAAAGAAGCAAUGGCAAGUUCAAAGUCCCCUGAAAAGUCCCCUGAGAAUCUUGUGUGUUCACAGAAUUCUGAGGCUGGAUACAUAAAUGUGACUUCUCUGAAAGAGACACACGGUAUACAAGAACAAGACCAAAAGUCAGAACUAUAAAAUCACUGGUGCCUAAAGCUAUACUGAACAAAACUGCUAACUUAAAGCCUGGACAAAAGGUAGACCAUGACAUUGAGAAGAGUUACCACAGAUCCCAAAUGGAUAUCAGCCAAGAGUCUUCAAAAUUGCUGAUAAAUUCAUUAAAGCAAUUCUAAAAAUGGA